GGCUCGACAGCGGGCACCGCGUCAUCUGGCAAGGCAGUGGGCACCAAGUCACCAGGCACGACAGUGGGCUCUGAGUCAAUUGGCACGACAGCGGGCACCGGGUCAUCAGGUACCGGAUUGUCUGGCUCGACAGCGGGCAUCGGGUCACCAGGUAUGACAGCGGGCACUGGGUCACCAGGCAUCAGGUCAUUUGGCUUGCCAGCGGGCACCGCGUCAUCUGGCAAGGCAGUGGGCACUGAGUCACCAGGGACGACAGCGGGCUCUGAGUCAAUUGGCACGACAGCGGGCACCGGAUCAGGUACCGGAUCGUCUGGCUCGACAGCAGGCACCGGGUCAUCUGGCGCUGGAUCGUCUGGCUCGACAGCGGGCAUCGGGUCACCAGGCAUGACAGCGGGCACCGGGUCAUCAGGUACCGGAUCGUCUGGAUCAACAGCGGGCAUCGAGUCAACUGGCCUAAUAGGAUCAUCAGGCUGGAUCAGCUGGGUACAGGCAUCAGGCUGUGGUACAGGCAUCAGGCUGAGU